ACUCCAGGCUGCAUUCACUCACUGGGUCUGCAGGAGCUAAGAGCCACCUCUGAAUUUAAAGCGCAUUUUUUUAUUCUAUACUCUAUCCACGCCGGGCGCCUCUCUGCAGGGAUCAGCAAAUACACGGGGAAAUCCAACAACCGUGCAUUAAAAAUUACAGUAGCCUAUAUAUUCUGGGACUAGUCACCUGCAGACACUUUGUAACCUCAGAGCGAUCUGGUCGGUUUGUUUGCCGCCAAGCAUGGGAUGCAAAGAGAGUAACCUACUGGAGGAGGCGUGGAGAUAAAUAGAUUAUUGCGAAUAGAGAAAGGGGAAGCGCGCAAAAAAAAAAAAAAAAAAAAAAAAAGCAUCUAAUCGAUUGAUCACGGAUUGUGGAGAAGCGCUACAGCAGAUAUCUGACCUCGACCUCCUUCGGACGGUGACAAAACUGGCUGUUGAAAUGGAGAUGUCGAGAUUUUCUAUCAUCCCGUCUCCUCCUCCAACGCGCACGCUGCUGUGGCUGCUGAUGAUGAUGAUUUUUGCGUAGGAGUGUUUUAUUUUGCGGACUGCCGCUGGUAAACCAGCCUUCUACUGUUCAAACAACUCCAGACAAGCGGUGGAUGGAACAGCGUGUGUGAGUGUGUGGCUUGCCCAAACAUCUUUCCAGAGAUAUUAUUAAUAUCAUCCGGCUUGUUUUCUUUUCUUUUUUGUCUUUGGAGUGUCUUUCUUUCUGCGAGUCUGGAAUUGGACUGAUUUCUUUUUUCUUUUUUUUCUUUUUUGCAAAACAAGAAUGUGUCGAGAAAAGUAGUCCAGAAGCAAAGCCUCACAGUAUAGUACAUUUUGUAACGCACCUGCUAUUUUUUUUGUCUUUUCAAUCACCAACUAAAAAAGGGGGGAUCAGGCACAGCGGGUCGAGCUCUUGUUUUGUUGAUCACCCAACAUUUUUGGGGUGCUUCUUGUUUUUUUGUUUUUUUUUUUGUUACUGGCUUCAUUAUUCAGUGACUGAGAUAUCGACACAAACUACAACCAGCAGAGGUCGGGACCUGAGCUCCAAGGAGCCACCACUACCCUAGAUGUGACCCGUGAAUUCCUCUUAUCUCUGAAGGGUGUUGAUGGAGAGCCAUUCGAAUGACAGCCGGGACAGUGGUCAUCACUGGUGGAAUUCUAGCUACAGUUAUAUUACUCCUUAUCAUUGCAGUACUGUGCUACUGUAGGCUGCAGUAUUAUUGCUGCAAGAAGGAAGAGUCCGAGUCGGAGGAGGAGGAGCCGGACUUUGCCGUUACAUCCCGCCUCCCACCGGUCCACUCCAAUCACAACAUUGUGGCGGCGACGGCCGCCGCCUCCUCCAUCCCAAAUGGCCCCGCCCUUUUUUCCACCCCUCCUCUGGCCAGGAAACUGACACGCUCACAGACCUUCUGUCCAUCCUGUACACACUAUGAGCUGCCCUUCUACCUGCAGCCCCCUCAGCAACAGCUCCACCAUCAACCAGAUGGGUUGAGGAACGGAGGUGACCGGAUCAGCUACCGCAGCGUCCAGCAGCAGGAUCUUGACCUGCCAGUGCCUGUGAACAUUUCAAACUACCGUAAACCAAACCUUGCCCGCUCUGUCACCAUGAGGGACAUGUUCACACGCAGCUGCAGCAUCAGCACUGAUGUUUAGCUGGGCAUGGUUGGACCUUGGUGUGUAUGCUUAAAUGAACUGGGAUGGCCUAGGCUGGACUGGGCUUGAGUCAGUGUGUUUUAUGUCAUCUUGACCAGUUUAGUCCAGUCUAGUAUGGUCUGAUCUAUUCUGGUCUUGUUCUACUGGUCACCUCUUACAGAAUGGAGGACUCAGAUGGCUCUCAGGACAGGAUUUUCAAAGGUACUAUGCUCAGGUCCAGGACCUUACACUUGGGCCAAUGUAGAGUUUCAAGUAUUUAAAAAAUGUUAAAUUAUCAAUAACAUGAACUUUUUCGUUAGUUUUGUUUUGAAUAGUUCUUUUUUUAAUGAUAAGAAUGGAAUUAGUUUUACAAUUUGAUAAAGUUUGUGUCGCCCGACUUCCUCUGGACUCUUCUACCCAUGGCCUGAAAGAUAAACAGAUUCCCGCCAUGUCAAAAUGACAUAAUUGGCAGGGAUUUUCUCUCUGCCAUAGCUGCUACAAAAUAUGAUUAGGUAAAGUCCAGUGUUUCCCGCUCCUAUGAUGGGAUGAUCUGUCUGUUCCUCCAUCCACAGAUUAUAGAGAUUAUAAAAUAUCACUCGCCAACAGUGGAAAGACUAGAGGAGGAAAGGAGGAUGUCGUGUUUUAGCUGCCACCCACAAACAUUUUAGAUAGCCUUAACUUAGGCCAUAAUAUUUUAAGACAUAAAGGGCUCACAGAAGAUGGAAAUCCCUGCUUGUUUUCCACAUUCUUUCACAGAGGUCACCAGUUUGACGAGAGGCUGGUUUCUCUGAGCGUCUACUGACAAAGUGUAUUUACAGAAUACUGCACUUUGGCAGAGAAAGACCUCUGUGUUCUUGCAGGCAAGUUGGACUAGGUGCCAAAGGGGAAUGGGUUCUUGCAUUUGUGUGCAUUUGUGUGAAUGUGCUUGCAUGCAUGUGUGUGUGUGUGAGAGUGAGUGUGUAUAACUCAAUUGGAUUCUUAUUCCAUAAAAUUAAAAACACAGCCCUACUGUAUGUAUCCUGAACCCGGUGGGUUGCAAUAACAUUUUAAACAUUUAUUGUAAAGGGUGAAAGGAUGGUAUUUGUUUCAAUAAGCCACUUUACCUUUAAAUUCACAUUAAAACUAAGAAAUGACCCAACAAGAUGGCGUGAGAAACUCUCAAGUAGGUUUGCAACUGUUUUGUAAAUGUUUAUUUUACUGAUUGAUGCUAUAACACAGACUGUAGGUGGCAGUCAGAGGAGCAGGUUUUUA